GCGGCCUUGCCCUCAGCCAGUCAAGUUGAGCUCUGGGGCUGAGCAUUAUUAUCAGAAAAUACAAAUCCGUACCAUGUGAUUCUAGUUCCUGUCACAAAGCUGUGCCUCCGCGAUUCCUGGAAUAUGUAUAAUGAACUAUCUUCGUUCCGUUUCUCCUUGUCGCUUAAUUAUAACUUCUUUACUGAUACGAAAUUAGUGAGAAUGGUUCUACAUCUGUUCACGUUCUUCCCGGAUUCGGAGUUUGUUUAAAUGUUCCGCCGAAUUUAAAGGAUUCCUCACGUAAAUUUUGGAAUAUUAGAGGCACGACCGCUCAAUGUGCUGUACUUGGUCGCGAGUGUGCUGCUCGCUCCACAUCUUGUACAACCUCGCUUACAUCGGAAUAGGGGCCACCCAGAUCAUACUGGGAAUCCUUCUAUUCUUCUCCUUCCCAUCGCAAAGGCUCAGUUCAAACGUAUGGACUGGCUGCGUGAAUAUUGUGAUCGGCGUUGGGGGCGCAGUGUUUGCGUGCGUCGGAGACCUGACGACCGGGAAACAGCGGGCCUUCCUCUUCCUCACAGUCAUCGUUCUCGGUGCCAACUUAGUCAAUUUAAUCAUCCUCGAAGCUGAUAACUGGCGGCUCUUCAAAACCAAGGAUCCAGCUAUACUCGCCGAACGAGAAAACUCAAAGACUUUUCAGUUUUACGUACAAAUAUCCACUAUCAGCACAUUGGUUGCAAUGCUAACGUCAUUUUUAGAUAGUCAAUUCACAUUCUGCUCAAUGCAACGAAAAGCGGGAAGGAAAGACUCCAUCAGUCAUCCGGAUAUUAUAACAGACAUCGAAUACAUCAUUCCAAGAGUGAAAUUCGACUCCGGGAAGGAGGGGAAGGAAAAAUCGGAUUACCUAUACGACGAGUACGCCCAGUCCUGGGUGUUCGACGCCGACACAGUCGGAUCGCUACCCGAUCACGCCCGGGGGAGCGGCCUCUGCCCGACUGCGUAUAAAUCUCAGAACGAUUUUAACCUUAACAAAACCUACAGUGUCAAACUGAAUAGAGACUUUUUGAAUAUCAAUAACAUUAAAUGUAGCUCUAGUCCGAUCCGCGCUGGUCCUCCGGUCGAUAUCAUAGUCGAAGGUGAGCCCGUUAAGUACAGUCCGUUACAGUGUUUAACUAGCUUCUCGCCGGCGACCAACACGCCGCAAUGCAUAUCCAGGACCUCUUCUUUGAGUUCCUUGUCCAACGCUAACGUGUCCGACUCGGCGCAGCCUCUGUACGAGUGUUUGGAGAAACUGAGCGAGUCGUCGAUCUACCAAUCGCGGCUCCGGUCCAAGUCCCAGUCCUUGGAGUCUGAGGACCGAUCGCGGCUUAGGUCCAAGUCCCCGUCUUUGGAGUCUGAGGACCGAUCGCGGCUUAGGUCCAAGUCCCAGUUCUUGGAGUCUGAGGAACGAUCGCGGCUUAGGUCCAAGUCCCCGUCUUUGGAGUCUGAGGACCGAUCGCGGCUUAGAUCCAAGUCCCAGUCCCUGGAGUCUGAGGAAUAUCCUCAGAGCGUUUCGUCUGCAUCGGUGUCUGUGUCCGUCUCACAUUGCACGAAAAACGUGGCCGCGUACGAGCAGCCCGUUUAUGCGAGUCUCCUCGUCGAGCUCCAGAAAACGAUCAGCGAAAAGUUCCCGAGGCUGUCCGAGGGCGCCAGUCACCAGAGUACAAAUCAGGGUAGUCAUCAGAGUAGUCAUCAGAGUAGUCGUCAGAGUAGAGCGUCGACGCCCAGUCGCGGCCAAGAGACAGAGAGCCGGGAGCCGACCCAGCAGGGUGCCGAGCUCGAGUUUUCAAAAGAGCUGGAGGCUGCUCUGCAAGUGAUUCACAGCCUCGAGUCACCCAACCCUUCCGGUCAUUUCGAAAGCAACAGCUUGACCAUUGACGCGAGGGCUGAUAUAACAUCAGCAGCAAAUUAAGGAUGACAGGCGUACCAACUAGCAAAUGUAAUGUAUUUAAAGCCGGAGAAUCAAUUCAGUGAACACUGUCUUCAUGUUAGCUAGCCGUAGGUGAAUUUAUGUGUAUUUACCGUCUGUUCUACAAGGCACUCUGAUGUUUAAUUAUGGAUAUUGUAAAUAUUACUUAUGUAAGUACUAGAAUUUUUUCCUAAAGGUGCUAUUUUAAAUGAUAAAAUGACUUUUUGACUAUUCCAACUCAAAAUCUUCUGCAUUUUCAAACCUAAAAUUGAAAGGAAAAUAUUUUGGCCUAAGUCUUCAAAAUACAAUUAUUGUAGGUAAGUGUAGUUAAUCACACUUCUGUCCAUUACUUAUAAGACACGUAACUAGCAUUUCUUCUUCUAGCAGUUAUUAUUAAAAAAUUUCCUAAUGUGAAUGAUGAAACCAGCUGUACAAAUUCUAUGGACAAGAUUUUGAAUUGAAACACUUAAUACUUUGGACUUAAGAAGUGCAAAACAUUGAAAUGGUCAUACAAAUAGAGGCAUGAAGCAGUCGAGUCCUAUUGGGAUCCAAAAAUGAAGAAGAGUGAUUUUUUGUCCAUUUUAACAAUGAACAGACAAGGUUCGGAAAAAAAAUAAAGUUGCAUAACUCGCAAACUAGCGGUAUGUUUCACGAAAUCACACUCCAACAACCACAAUUUAUACCCAUGUAAGAGCACUCUUGGUAUUUUAUAAUAAGCCAAGUAUGUAAGAUAAAAAAACAAAAAAAAAAAAAAACUAAAAAUAAAAUAGAAUUUUUUUAUUUAAACUUCAUUUAAAAUGAUAGUCGAGUGAAACAGGUUUUUGCUAUGCCACUUUGCAAAUUCGAGUUCCCAAAUCUAUAAGGCUGACAGAGUCAAGGUUGUCAGGUUGUGUGAUAAAAUAUGGAUAUUUAUAAUGGUUUUAAAAGGGGGAAAACUUCUGAUUUCCCAGCACAAUCUGGCAACAUUGACAGGUUGUUAGGUUGUGCGACAAAAUUAGGAUAUUUUACUAAAUAGGGGAAAGUGCUGAUUUUUCAGCUUUGUCUGCCAACUAUAUGCACAGAAUGAGUGCUUCCUGGUUUGGCAGUAUGACAACUUGAUAUUUUAAAAGAUGCAAAAAAAAAUAUGUAACUAUGAAGAAUCAAAUGAAACCAUCCUUCAACUGCUAAUGUCAUAGUAAAUGAAAAAUUCAUCUCUUGUUGAUUUGUCCGGUCUGUGCUGUAUGAAAACGUCACAGAUUUCAUCUUGAAAGAGACCAAAAUUUGAAUCUUUCGGAAAGAGAACAUUCCCUUAAGUGCACUCGGAGACAAAACAACAUGAUACCAAGAGUACCAGGAAUAUAAUAUGUAAAAAAAUUGUGCGAGAAUAAAUUAUUGAUCAACGAAAGAUAAAAAAGUCAAUUUCAGAGGCCAAAAUUAGUUUGUAAGCUCUUACUUAGAUGAUUACUUAAUUCGAUGAAAUUUUUAAUGUAAGUAGGAUUUUAUAAUGUAAAUAUAUGUGACAAGUGUAAAUUUAAGUUUAAUAAAUGAUAUAAUUGUUACCUGAUAA